AUGUUAUAUCAAUUGCGUAGAUUUUCUUACACAAUCUGCUUCUUCUUGCUCUUGAUUGCCACCGGAACCCUAAGAUUUCACCGUUUCGCCGAUGGCCUACAACGGAGGAUCCACGUUUCCGACGAUCUUAACGACGUCGUAGACGAGGAGGCUGAAGAAUUGAAGCCCGCAAACUCCGAAUCUGCCCCGCCCCCAAAUGAUGUCGAAAAAAUGAGUCCAUCAGAUAUCCAAUCUGAAAUGAUGAGGCGGGUUCUAGGACCCGUUUUCGGAUUCGUUAAGCUCCGACUCGGUACUCGUCGGACUCCGGAGAUGGUUACUCAUGUUGCCAAGCGGUGGGUCAAUCUAGCAAGAUCUGAAGGAAUGGAGACAAAGUUCAUAGGUGUUGAUUGGACCACGAUAAUGUUCACCAUGGAAAAAGGUCGAGACACAACAGAGUUGAAAAAGUUUUUGCUGGAACAAGAAGAAGCAUAUGAGAUUAACAUAGGGGACCAACUAUUUCGAAGACCAGGGGACCCUCCUUUUGAUGAAGUAUUCGAGAUUGAGGAAGAGAAGAGCAGACACUCUGAGUUGUAAUGGCUAGAAACAAACCUUUCUUUUCUCCUCUACUCCUUUCUUGAUUUGCAGGAAUUUGUACAUUGGUUCAUUCUUCCGUGCAGCUCAUUCAACGAUCCUCCAACAGCAUCUAUUAUGAGACAGGUUACUGGACAUGGCGGACAU